AUGCGUGGGGCGGUGGCGGUGGCGGCGGCGGGGGCGGUACCGCGCCCCGCGCUGCUCCCCCCGGCUGCCGCCCGCCCCGGCGCCCCCGGGCAAUGCCGCCAGCACGCCGCCGGCACCCGCGCACGCCGGCGCGGGCAGGCACAGGCGCCGGGCACAGGGCUGGGCCCGGGCCGGGCUCCGCACCGCACCGCCUGCCGCGGCGGGGUUCGUUUCAGCAGCUCAAUUGGUGUCGAUGAAGUAAAAGCCCUGGCUGCAUUAAUAACAUACAAAUGCACUGUAGUGGAUGUUCCUUUUGGUGGUCGGAUGGCGGGUGUGACGAUCGAUCUGAGGAAUGCACAGGUUCAUGAGCUGGAGAAAAUAACGAGGCAUUUUACUGUAGAAAUGGCCAAGAAGGCAUUUAAAGGGCGUGGGAUUGACGUGCUGGCCCCUGAUGUCAGUACUGGGGAGCAGGAGAUGUCCUGGAUAGCUGACACCUACACCUACACGCUGGGGUAUCGGGACAUCAAUGCCCAGGCAUGUGUGACAGGAAAGCCCAUUAGCCAGGGAGGCAUCCACGGGCAGGGGGUCCUGCAUGGUGUUGAGAACUAUGUCACCAACACAGACUGCAUCGGCCUGAGCCCCGGCUUCCCCAGCAAGACCUUUGUGCUGUGGGGCUUUGGCAAAGCGGGGCAGCACACCAUGAAGUACCUGCGCGAGUAUGGAGCCUGCUGCGUCUGUGUUGGGGAGACAGAUGGAGCCGUUUGCAAUCCCAGAGGGAUCGACCCUGAGGAGGCAGUAGACUAUGAGCAGGGCCACAGGACCAUAGUUGGCUUCCCAAAAGAGCCCUAUGAUGGCAGCAUCCUGGAGGUGCCCUGUGACAUCCUCAUCCCUGCCGCUAUUGAGAAGCAGCUCAUGAGGGAGAAUGCACCCUGCGUGCAAGCAAAGAUCGUUGCAGAAGCUGCCAAUGGCCUCACUACACCACCAGCACAUGACAUAUGCCUGAAAAGAAACAUCCUGGUCAUCCCGGACAUGUAUGUGAAUGCAGGUGGUGUGACCAUAUCCUUCUUCAAGUGGCUGAAGAACCUGAACCACGUUAGCUACGGCCAUCUCAGCUUCAAGUAGGAGUGGGAAUCCAGCUACCACCUCCUGCAGUCAGUGCAGCACAGCCUGGAGCAGUGGUUUGGCAAGGCCAGAGGGGAGAUCCCCAUCAUCCCAUCCCCAUCAUCCCAUCCCCAGAGUUCCAGGUCUGGUGCCUCAGAGAAGGACGUCGUGUAUUUGGGACUGGCCUACACCAUAGAGCCACGGGCUCCUGGCAGGGGGCUGUCUUCCCACACACCCGCUCUGCCCCAGCCCCUUUGCAGCCUCCUGGGCACUGGAGGAAGCCAUGCUGAUGCCGCUUCACUCUUCGCCGGCAAAGCUGGCAAGCCAGCGCGGGUGGGGGAUUUAAUCUGA